AUGCGUACAAUGCACAUACUCUCAAUACACGACCUUAACAUCCACAAGUUCUCCCAGCAAUCCUAUUCUCGGCGGUCUAUGGCGUCGAACAAGAAGGAGUUGCGGGGCUCACGAUACGUGGAUCUGGAUGCGGACGAGGCUGGCGAGAGGUUGGCCGCCCUUUCUGUAGAUGAGGUAAGGUGCACAGUGACAAAGGAGUGCCAGGGUGCCUACCGUCCGAGGAGGCACGGAGAAUCGUAUCCCAGCGAGCCUGAACAGAGUUUUGAUGUAAACCUGCAAUCACGUGGGGCUUCGGCUCGAACAUUUCCUCCCUCAACACUCUCUAAACUGUCCUAUCGACAACCACCCCCCAAGGGAGUGGCUACAGCGGCUGCGAAGGAUGAUUCCAUACAAGAACCUAGGGUGCAGAUGGUGGAAGAAGCGAAGGGCAGUGAGAGCAAUUCCGUUCCCUUUGUCCCGUCCGUGACGACAGCCCCGCCGGGUCUGCGGUCGGCAGCACGCGAAUUCGUCCCUGGGAAUAUGGGGGUUUACCCUCGCAUGGAUGCAGGGAUAAGUCAAGGACAGCGGCAGCAUCAGUAUCUGCAAGGUUUCCAGCAGCAGUACGCAUGGGGGGGUCAACGGAGGGGCGGGGACUACGAUAUGCAGUCCCAAGAGGAAGCCGGUGCCAUGGACCGGCACGCCCACACCCAUUAUGCAAGCUACGAGUAUGGACCAGGCAUGCAGCCUCAGCACAAUGGAGGAGCGGGCAGGACCCGCCACCCCCCUCCGGAGGAGCCUGGCUUCAACGCGUGCGAACUGCAGGAAUUGGAAGCAGCCAUGAUUGAAGACGAGCUCCGCGCGCAAGGCUUCUCGGAUGAGGAUAUAAAGAAUAUGGAGGCGAUGGCAGCACAAGAAGCAUGGGAGCAGCAACAGCAUGCGGGAAGAGGACGUGGUCGUGGACGUGGCCGAGGGGUCGGACGAUGUUUUGAGGAGGUUGGACCGGCUACCAAGAACCGUUACAACGGCACAAACAUACCCUCCCUUCCCUUUAUUCCACUCAGUCGCAGCCCCGACAUUGACUCACAGGGUCAGGAUGGGGGAAGCGCCAAGACAGGAAAUUUCCCGUUCACUACCAUUGAGCCGAAUACUGGCGUGACCUACUACCGGGUUCCAUGUGCCUGCGCUCCCUAUGAUAAGGGGAAGGAUUGCCAGCCCCGUUACGGUCGGUGUGCGAACGGCAUGCGCUUCAUCCCCGUGAAGCUUCUGGACGUGGCAGGCCUCGUGCCGGGAGCCUCCGAGGGCGCUGGACUCGGCAACAAGUUCCUUGAUGACUUGCGACAUGCUGAUGUGCUCAUGCACAUACUUGACGUUUCUGGCACCACAAACGAGAAAGGGGAAGCUACCGUGGGGUACGACCCCGUCAAUGACGCCAAGUGGCUGCACGGGGAGAUCCACGCAUGGGUUUUCAACAACCUGUGGCGACGGUGGACCAGUGUCGUCAGACGGCACACGGCAACCAAGUCGUCGGCGGCCUCCACCUUGCUGGGUCAAUUAUCAGGAUAUGGAGCCAAUCCCGUUAUGAUAAAUAAAGUGCUUGACAAGCUGGGGGUCCGAGACCCAGUGGACCUGGGAGAAUGGGAGGAAGAGGAGGUCAAGGCGCUCGUGGAGGCUUUCUUGUCCGUUCGCUUUCCCACCAUCCUGUUGUUGAACAAAGCCGAUCAGGCGGGCGACACAGACAAGAACAUAUCGCGGAUAGUAGAGAGAUACGACGCCUCUAAGUGCUUCGUCGCCAGCGCGGGGGCGGAGUGCUUUCUUAAAAUUUGUAGGCAAAAGAAGGUGAUCAGAUAUCAAGCGGGAGCUGGUAACUUUGAGACCAUCGAGGAUAUCCAGGAUGAUCUUGACUUUCGCAAGGCACGGGGUGAGCACGUUCCGGCCAUGGAAGAGGAGACAGCGGGCUUGGAGAUGCCCGACAGUAAAACAAAAAAGCGUUUGGAGAAAAUCCGCGACAUGGUGCUUUUCCGCUAUGGAGGUACUGGCGUAUGGGCUGCCGUUCAGGCAGCUGUGGACCUGCAGCAUCCCGUCGUAUGCUAUCCAGUCAAGUCGUUGAGCAAUUUUUCCACCGAUGCCGACGGGGGCCGAGUGUUUGGAAACGCGAUACUGGUGAGACCGGGGAGCACGGUAAGGUCCGUUGCGGGGCAUGUGGCGUCGGGCAUGGUCGAAUAUCUGCAGUACGCUGAGUUGCUGGAAGAGGGAGGCAUCCGACGGCGCGUUGGAGAAGAUCACGUACUCACGGGUCAAAAGAAUAUCAUUAAAUUCUUCUACCGCCCCGUUGAGGAGCGGCCGUCCCAUACUGGACACUCACAAAGCAAGGAGAAGGAUCAAUCAAAAAGCAAGUCAAAGAGCGACAAGACUGGGGACUCUGGUGACUGUGAGGGCUAAAUAACGCGAAUGCCAAAA